AUCGUGAGACUUUCGAUAUACAGAUGGGACUGUCCAGCAACGUUUGGAGAGUGAUGUCCCUUUAAGUUAUUUACGAAUAUUACUUUGUUCGUUUCAGUUUUGUUUCUCUGAGACGUCUUUUUAUAUAAUGAUAUUCUGCACUCUGCAUCUCGUCUAAACUAAAAAGUCAACGUGCUGCAACAUAAUUAAGAAAAGCGUGGCUCCAAGCAUGUCUGUUUGCUGCCUAAGGUGGAGCAAAACGGUGGUGCAGCUGUUUCACUCACCUCUCAGCCUUUGGAGGCCAGAAGUGUUUCCCCAGCGCUAUGCAUGUAAUUACCUGGGCAGCUUCCUGUGGAGAUCAAGUCUCACUGGGCAGCUCCGUCAGAGCUCUACAGACACUGAUGGGAUGGGGAGUGUAGUAGGAGAGGGUCAGUCUGGCAGACAGCGGCAAGACCCGCGAGCACGUAACACCGUGAGCAGCAUCGGGCGGAAAAUUCAUCAUCGCCACCUACAGGUGAUAGGGGCCUCUGGAGAAGACCUCGGCACCAUGCACAGGGCAGAUGUAGUACGACUCAUGGACCAGCAAGGCCUCAAGCUUGUGCCUCUGGACCAGAACCAGCAGCCACCAGUGUACAGAUUGAUGACUGGGAAGCAGAUUCAUCAGGAACAACUGAAGCUGCGGGAGAAGGAAAAAAACAGGACAGGCCCUGUGGUCAUGAAGGAGCUGGUCUUCUCCACAGACAUCAGCCACCAUGACCUGGAAACCAAACUGAAGCAUGUUCAGGGUUGGUUGGAGAAGAAGCACCAUGUGCGCCUCACUGUUCGGAGACGGAACAGCAAGUCAACAGAGCCUCUGGAUCUGGAGCUGGAGCAGAUGGUGCAGGGCCUGGUGGGUGGAUUUGGGUUUGUGUCCCGGCCUCAGCUCAUCCGGGAUGGUAAGGCAGCUAUGUGCAUCCUGCGACCCCCAUCCAAAAAGGAGCUGCAACAGUCCAAGACCCCAUUAGAGAGCGGCCUGUCUGGUCCUGCAGCCUCUGAUCAGACCACACCUGGGGCGAAGUCAUCUCCAGAGUAGUGAUCUUUAUGUAAUGAAGCGUGCAAAACUGAGAGUUUAUGUGUGCAUCUGUGCUGGAUGGGGAGCCAGCACGUGAUGUGAAUGGUCAGCCUUCUUCUGGAGCUCGAUUGGCUGGAUUCUGAGCCUAUGCCGUGGCAGAGAGCUCAGUGUGGUGCAUCGUACAUCAGCCCUGGGACCCGACUUCUGUGUCCUGUGCCACGGCUGUACAGCUCGUGUGGACCACCCCCCAUACCUGCUGUCUGAAACGUCUGAAUCAUUAAUGAAUUCCAUCUACCUGUUGAUGUUCUAAGUUAGAACUGAAGGUUAGCAUUUAAGAAUGUUUUGCGGAAAAGUUUUUAAGUCUAGGUUGUGGCAUUAAUAAAGCAGACGAUCCAGUCCCCAGAAUGAUGAGCUUCAUUCAUAGAAAACAGUUCUAUCUGGGGAAAAAAAAAGUUCAAUAAUUUAGUCCUUUUUAAUAUUAUGAAACUAUGGGGAUAAAAUAUUUAUCUAUAAAUAAAUCAUUGAUGCCUCGUGCCCAUUGCUUCCGGGAUAGGCUCCGGACCCCCCGCGACCCAGUAGGAUAAGCGGUUUGGAAAAUGGAUGGAUGGAUGGAUAAAUCAUUGAAUAAGCCUGCAUGUGAAUUUUUCUUCAGGAUGUUAUAUUUCUGUAACUGACACCUUAUUCUCCAGCACAUUGGGGUACAGAUGGUUAUAUGCAGAAAACUUUGAAGAUUUAAUAAAACUGAUACUGAAAUGACAACAUGAAAAAGUGAAAAUGUCUAAGCACUUGGUUGUGUCAUACAGGCAAAUAAGCUCAGGAGGAUCCGGCUUCUGCUGAGAGCAGGCGCUUGGUAAAGGGUACACUGAUCAUCUGGGGGAUUUUGUUAUUUUUGACUUGGUUUAUUGGACAAAGUCUCUUCGGAAGUCUUAAAUAUAUGUCGGACUAAUGAAUUCUGACACGAGUUCUCUCGUGAUACUAGGGUUGUUUGGUUCCUCAUUACUACAGUGCUACAUGCCAUUCCGCAAAGCAGGAUUUUUCCAUUAGCCAGACGACUAGCCAAAUUUUAGAAUUGUCUAUUAGGAAUGUCCCUUACCUCUCUUCCCAUUGGACAGAUUUCACGUUUGGCUUAAGUUAUCCUACUAACUGGGAAAUUCUGCUUUGCGGAAUACCCCCCAAGACUACACCACUAUGCAACUACAGAAACGCAAACGAUUCCAUUUCCCAAGCUCCCUCAUCUAUGUUGGAAUGUAUACCAUUGUGCAGUAGAUUGCGUUGGUCUUUAUGCAGGUGUUUGUGUGUGCAUAUUUGAGAGAAUGAAGUCCGUGAAUGUGUAUGUGACUGUUAGUGUGUGCGUGUAAUACAGUGAUUGUUUUUCCUUCAGGCUCUGUCAGUACAUUGGCUCAGAGCCAGAUGGCUAUACGCUCUACUGUUGUUAUGCAGAUGGCUUCAGCUCUAAUAAAGCCUUUAUUAAUCCUC